UGUAAAAAAGACGUUAAAGUAAAGGGAAGAUUCCGAAAGAUUAUGACUCCUCACUGGUAGAUCUAAUCAAUUAAUGUCCCUGUUUAAAAUUCACACGUUGUAAGCGAGUUGUAACCUUUAAGAUACUUCCGACCGGUAUCGGAAACUAUUACACCAACUACCAGACGGCUGCUACAAAGAUAAUCAAAACCAUCAUCCGAACCAUUUCUAUAGGACUGUGGCAGGACGGGAAGGGGGAUCAAGAGGAUAUAGCACACAAAUCUGACGAUGAGCGAAAUUGACAGCGAGAUCCUUUUCCCGGUAAAACGCCACCCGGAACAACAGUGUGACAAUUUCACGACAACCAUCAGCGAGGCUUACCGCACGUUUCGCAACCAAAACCGGGAUGAAGAAGUUGUGACGUUUUAUCCGUGGGAAACACGUUGCCGACUAGUGCCGAAGUCAUUUGCCGAAACCGAAUCUCGAGCGCGAACCAGCCAAAGGAUGCUGGCCGAUGGUAAGCGAGAUCGCUGGAUGGUACACGAUGGCACCGAAAUACCCGAACGAACCAACCAGCAAACCAAAACAAUCCAUCCGAACGACGUUGGAACGGUUUUGCUGUACUGAUACGAACGGGUCCGCCUAGCGCUGUGGUUCGGUUCCGGUGAAGAUUGAACGACGAGCAGCGUUUAGUCGUUUUCAGAGCUCUCGCGCGAGCAGCUGUUGAGUUGGGAAACGGGACAGAAAGGACCAUACUUCGGUUUGCGUUCACCACGGUCGACACCGGUCGAAGCAAAGUGGGCGCAUUUUGCCAGAAAGCAGCCGAUUCGUUCGUUUUUGGUUUGGCGGGAAAACUAAGUACUAAGCUUGCACGUGUUCGCAGUGAGCGUGGAGUUUGAAUUUGAAGCAAUCCGUUACGGUAGGGAAAGCAACGCUUCAACAUUUGGUUAAUGUUGUUUUUUUUUGUACGAAGAAUUCAAAUUCAAAGCCUCGUGAGUGAAUUCUUUUACGCAUGCAUCAAGUAGUAGUUCACGUGUUUAUUGAAGCACCUGCUUUUGGGGGAUGAUAAUUUAUCCACGAACCAGUGCACCCUCCAACGCGAAGUUAGUAGUGGCAGUACAGUAGCAAUAUCCUUAAUUGGACGUUUUGACCAUUAAACCGCAAUAAAUUCGUACAACAACUAGUGCUGAACGUCAUUAAGCGCACGUCUUGUACUCGCUUUUGGUGCGGAAACACUCCAUCGAGUGUAGAUUCUCGUUUCGCAUGUAAGGACAUUAUCCGCACCAAAAACGGACCAUACCUUUACCGAACUGACCCCAUAUCGAUGGUGUAAGAUCUCCCCCCCGAAGAAGGGCAUACAAGUUCAACGGCAAAAAAGGUUCACAGUGGGAAGUGAUUAUCAUCAGUGGCCACCCGGUCCGGUCAGUGUGUUUCGUUACUCUGCCUACGUGCAACCGACUGUGACCGUACGGCGAAAGGUUACUUCUCCAGCCCCUUAAUCGAAGGAGCUCAAUCCUCGCGGGUAACAUUUCUUAAGUAGUUCGUGGUGAGGAAAAUUAGUUCAUCGCAUCGUUUAGAGCCUAUCGAUCGUUGCAAACUAGAUCGUGUUUGCAAGUUGCUGGUGAUUUCAUCCAUUACCUACGGACCGGUUCCUGUCACUGGUCGCGGUUAUGCUUGGGUCCCAAGGUUACAAGGCGUCAACAAACAAUAAACAUCCCGCGGCAGUGCUUGGAUAGUUGAGCUAUUCCCCUUUCUUCUUUGCUGCUCCAUCUAUUUCCGCUCCACGCGGGCGUUUCCUCCUGGGAAAGACGGGGGCAUCAAAAGCAAAUACACCCAAAAAUUCUACCCACACCAUUCGUGGAAAAUAUACUUCCUCUCAAGCUGAGUUGGGAAAGAGAACCGGAAAAAAGGGCGCCAGAAAAAUAAACCACCCCUAGCUCCAACUCACACAAAAAACCGCAAAGGAAGCGGCGUGCAAGCUACACACAAAGAAGGAAAAAACUCCAACACGACUGGCGACAAUAUGCUGCAAGCGGUGACGAGGACAACCGAAAAACCUCAACGCAAGUAGACGCUACGAAAAGUUUCUUCCUUCGUCAAAGAGGAAAAAAACCGUCGCACGUCGGCAAACGACCGAAAGGCGUCCGUGCAUGAGAACGAGCAAAGCAGGGCAAGUUAGCCGGAAAAAGGUGGUGAUAUCAUCCCUUUUAUUUUGAAAGCAUACACACAUGUAUGUAACACACGUGCGGGGUCAAACGGUGGUGUAAGAGUGUGUACCAAUCUCAACCUCCAACCCCUCCUGCCUAACCACGUUCCCUUGGCUACCCGUAAGCGUCCGAAGAUUGACCGAAAACUCUAACGAAGCGGCAACAAAGGGGGAAUUAAAUUUUGCAACUAAACGGGGCAACAACAAAAAUCCCCUGGUUCCCCGAGUACGAACUGGGUGACGGGAAAAAUCCACCCAAGGACCGAGACCGAGACGAUUUCAUCACACAGGAUGAGGAUUAGGCGGAGCGUGAAUAUUAGCAACGGCAGUGUCUUUCAUCUGGUGCUUGUCACUAUGGCAGCGCUCGUACGACAGGUUCUUUCCGAGGACUGUGGACAGGAGGAGCUGGUACAGUGCACGAGACCCCUGCAGGUCCUGUCGGCCACAUCGGAGCUGUCGUUCGUGACCAAGAAAGAGGAGCUGGAUAAACUUUGCCCCGAUCUUCACACCGGACUGCACUGUAUACGAAGCUACACCCGACGCUGCAUGAAUAUUCAUCAGCGGGACCACUUCAACAAACUCUACCACGGCACUAAUGAAGUGAUACACGAGCUCUGCGAGGAAGGCCCAUAUCAGGAAGACUUUCUUAGACAUGCACCGUGCAUGCGGCAUGUGAAGAAAGACUACGAGGUGUGUGCGGCCCGGUACCAGAGCACCAUGGCGAAGAUAGGCCAGUCGGUGGCAGCUACAACCACCACGACGGUCGCUUCCUCUGUCUAUCCGACAAUGGCCACACAUCCGGCAGCGGUACUGAGCAGUGGCAGUGGGCAAUACCACAGCGGUGACAUGAGUCAGCAUCAGCAUCAGCACCAUCACAGACAGCAGCACGAGCAUCCGGCCAGAAGCCAUCCCAACAGCACCAAGUCGAUCGAGGACGCGGAAGAGGAACGGCUUAAAACGGUUUGCUGUGCCUUCCAGAAGUAUAUGCAGUGCUCGGAGUUUACGGUACGGCAUGCCUGCGGUGACGAGACGGCGCUUUUCACGCGCAAAUUCCUCGACAAGAUGUCCAACACGCUGAUGCGGAUGCACUGCGUCGAUUACACGCCGGAAAGUGGCAAAUGCCGGGAUUACUUCAGCUCAAGCGCCACCCGGGCGGGUUUAGUGUGGUGGAGUUCAUCAAAUAUGGUCACACUCACCAUCGUGACGGUGCUUGCGGUUGUAAAUGCGCGUCUGAUGCAGCUGUACCCGAGCCAGUGGCUCGGAACGUUUAUUUAAUCGCCACCCACAGCGAUGUCGAUCGGUACCCGAUCGGUACCCGGCACGAUCUCGUUGGCGAGGAUGAUAAACAGGCCGUGUGUGUGUGCCCGGCAGAUGCUACAUUAACAUCUACAUAAACAGCAGCACGAGCUAAUAGGCAGGUAAAUGUAUUCGGCUUCCAUAUCCAGCCUAGCGGAACGGAGCUAAUCGUCAAGCUUGGAAAAGCGCUGUAAAUUGAGUGGAAAGUGCGGCUAAACGGGAAGAUUAAAAUGCAUUCUAUCAACAAAAAAGAAAGGAGGAAACCAGCGCUCAAACCAGUGAAUUUAGUUUAGUGAAUGGUAAAAAAAACACAAAAAACAGAAAGCGAACGAGAACAAGCAACGCAACAAAACUACACAAAGCGCCACAUUGUGCUACGGAAUGUACCAGAAAGGGCAACAGAAAAAAAACGCAUACGUGUAUGGCAUUGGUGCGAAACUUGUUUUACUACAAACCGAGGCAAAAAAUAAAAAUGUUUCCCUGUUUUGUUGUGGAAGCGAAUACAACUGGUGCCAUGACCAGGAACACACAAAAACAGCUCUCGUUUUUCUCCGCUUGCGGUCAAUGUAAACCGUUGUAUUUGUUGUGUUUUGUUUUAAUUUAAAAGAGAGAGAGAGGUAUAGUAACUAAUAAGAAAGAAGGGCGUCCUAUUAACCUACUGUUAUUAAUUGAUUAUUCCUCAUAAUACUGCCUUUAUUAGAAAUUUCUUCCCCAAAAAAAAUAUAUAAAAACACGAAAGGAAAGUAAAGAUUGAAAACGAUGAUAUACUCAAAACGUUAGCAAAUUGAAAAAGGAAAAGCAAGCUCAAACCAUGAGGACACGAUCAUCUGCUUGAUCUGGUUGCUACACGAUCCGGUCGUAUUUCAGUUUCGCACCAAACACUCCAUCCUAAAAUUAUUGAUUAAGUAGCAAAAAAAUAAAUAAAAGAAUCAAAUGUAAGAAAAAGUAAACAGAAAAGAAACUAUUAAAAAUAGGAAAUGCAUUGCCGGACGCUUUCAAACCUUUAACCUUUAACCUAAACAUUCCCGCUAUCCUAAAGCUUAGCGUACGUUGCGUACGAUCGUUUGUUCUGCUGGCGUACAAUCUGUUACUUCUGAUUCUUAACAAGCAAAAACCAAAAAAAAUAUAUAAAGUAUUGAAAGAGAAUGUUAGGUUCGAAUACGGGGAAGUGGUAGCCAAUGUGGCGAUGUAAGGGCAAGAAAACGGAUGAAGAAAGUAACGAAUUUGUAUAGAAAAGCUAAUGUACGAGACAAAUCUGUUUGUAAAGAAGUUAGAAUACUAUAG